AUGCUUCAAACACUGCUCAUUAUUGGAAGAAACUUCCGUCCUAUUUCUCCUUUUAUCUCCGUGUUUCUUGUGGAAGAGAAGCGCUUUACAACAAAGGACAUAGCCGACCGAAUCAUUCCGUGGUGGCUCUACUCCAUGCUUCUUUUUUCGCUGAUUCUGUCGUGGAUUGUUGCCAAAAUAGGCCUUCUAUCUACGAUCAUCAGCUCUGUUGUCUCGGAGAUAGCAGCAUAUCUCUUUCUCCUGAAGAUGAGGAAAAAGUCCGUUGUUUUUACCGUUUUGAUUGAAAUUCUGAUGGCGUACCGAAACAGCACGCUUGUGGUGGACAAAAGAUUCUACUCAGAAAAUGACCAAACGAUGAGCGUAAGAUACAGCACAAUAAGAAAGAUAACGGGCAUACUUUCUAGCUUCAUCUCCCAGAACAUGUACUAUAUCUCGGGCAGCAGUGUGCCCUCCGUGUACCUAACCAUUAUCUCGCAGGUGAUGGUGCUUUUUUGCAUACUGGGCAUAUGCCAGGACAAAAACCUUGCAGAAGAAGCAACAAACAGCUCCCAGAGCAUUCGAAUUACAUACAACCUUGUGUCGAAGAUACUUUCAUACACAGGAGCAUUCACGCUCAGCGUGUGCUUUCGCAUAUACAUAGAUUUAAUACUGAUCGAAAGAACAGGAAACAUCAGCUACCACGACGGAGUAAUCCGCAAGGUUCUAGACCGCAUUUCAGGCCUCUUCUACUACAUUUCGUAUGGGCUUGUAAGAGCGCUUCAGGUGUUCAGCUCAUCGAUAAAAAUCCAGCCAAAGAAAGACAGAAAUAAGCCGGUGCACGGGUAUUUAGAAGGAUUUGCCAGAGUGCUGGCUGUGGCGCUUGCUCUUCCCCUCGUAAUAUAUACUAGCAGGUCGCAGAGAAGCUCAGAAAUACUUAUGGGUGUGUCAUGGAUCCUGCAGAUAUCGGGAAUAUACGCCUUAAAAACAACAAAAAACAUUGUUGGCGGGUAUCUAGCAUAUCUUCUCUCGUUUUUGGGAACAAACAUCACGCUGUACAUAUCGUACAACGGAAUAAACAGAGAGGCAGAUAGGAACAUUUUGAGCAUAAUGUCGUAUAUUAGCGGAGUUUCAGCAGCAGCCCAUGCAAUAAUUGACUUUAUAUCCAGAAGAAACAAGCUCAUUCCGCAGGCGCGGUUCAAUGUGUAUGCAUACCUAGGCAGCUCGAUGUUUGCCUGUGCAGGAAUCUUUUCUGUCAUGUCCAGAUUUGAGAUAUAG